CAUGGAUUAAAGCGCAUUCUGCAUCCGGUUCAUAGAAGGCAAGGCAGCCAGCCAACAGUCCGAAAACAACAAUAACGGGACUUGAGCAAUGAGCAGAACUUGAGUAAAACUUUCCGAGGGUAGAACGUUAGGAUCUCAGAUCUGACGCCCAGAUACUAAAUGACCCUGGACUGGACCAGCAGUGAACAAGACAAAAGCCUUUUCUUGUUAGUAUUAAAUCAUUUUGGGGGACACUUUGCUUCUGUCUGGAUACCAAUAACAGGCUCCUAUGAUGCGGUACUGCAGCACUCGGGGCGGGGUCCAGGGCGCGGACUUCUGCGAUGUCCUCUUCUCGGGGUUCGCCCCGGACGGAGGGAUGUUCAUGCCAGAGAGCCUGCCCGUGCUGAGCCCUGACACCCUGCGCUCCUGGGCCGCUCUGCAUUUCUCUCAGCUGGUGGUGGAGGUGGCCUCGCUGUUCAUCCCCACCCAGCUGAUGCCCCGAGACCACCUGGAAGCACUGGUGAUGGAAGCCUUGUCUAGCUUCUCAGUGCCAGAGGUCGUCAGAUUUGCCAAAUUAAAAGAGGGCUUGACCAUCGUUGAGCUCUUCCAUGGCAACACGCUGGCCUUCAAGGACCUGGCUAUGACCUGCACAGUGCGCUUCCUCGACUACUUUCUCCAAAAACAGAAACGCAGAGCUGUUGUUGUCGUAGGUACAUCGGGGGACACCGGCGGCUCAGCCAUCCAGAGUGCUAAAGGGCUGGCCCAGGUGGACCUGGUGGUGGUGUACCCCAGAGGACGCGUCACCCCCGUCCAGGAGAAGCACAUGACCACCUGCUUACAGGACAACAUCCACGUGUUCUCAGCGGACGGGACCUCAGACGAUAUUGACAAUCCAAUACGCCGUCUGUUUGCCGACCAUGAACUGGUCAAAGCCCACGGCCUCAUGAGCCUAAACUCGGUCAACUGGUCCAGGAUCAUGAUACAGCUGGCCCACUUCAUCUACGCCUACCUGCACAUGAGUGGCCUGGAGGGGGCCAGCGCUGAUGCCCCUCUGCCCCCCCUCGAGGUGGUCGUCCCAACAGGAGGAGCGGGCAAUAUCGCCGCCGGAUGUAUCGUGAAGCAGAUGGGCGUGCCCCUGCAGCUUGUUGCCAUGGUGAACAGCAAUGACAUCGUGCGGCGGACAGUGCAGAGCGGGGACUUCUCCAUGGCAGCUGAUGUUAAGCAAACUCUGGCCCCUGCCAUUGACAUUCAGGACCCCUACAACAUGGAGCGGGUGUUCUGGCUGCUGUCGGGGAGAGAUGGCGCCCUAGUGAAGGGUAUUAUGGAGGACUUCCAGAGCUCGCAUCGGCACACUCUGCCACAACAGCUCCACACAGUGCUGUCCCAGGCUGUGUCUGCAGGGACCGUGACGGAUGAGGGGAUCCUGGAGAGCAUGAGGAGGUGCUGGGAGGACAACCAGUACCUACUGUGUCCACACACCGCGGUGGCGGUCUGGCACCACUAUCACACACCUCCCAGUGCUCAACUCAACAGGUGUUACCUAGCAACAGCGUCUCCAGCUAAGUUCCAGUCUGCGGUUCAGAGGGCAGGGCUGACCCUUGACCUGCCUGAAUCUCUGUCCUCGCUGGAUAAGAUGGCUACCCGCUGCGAGGGCCUGGAGAAAAGCCAGACCUGGAGCAAACACUGGGAGGACAAACUGAGGGAGAAAAUCCAGUCGAUAAGCUCCGCUAGGGAACGCAACGUGACCUACUACACCUAAACCUUCAUCUAUUUAGAGAUCAACUUCUUUAACGUUAAAUUCACGUUACCUUAAUUAAACAUUGCAUUUUGAGAUCGACUCAAAAUUUAUGUUAGGAACAUUGAGUAGAUUAAGGGAGCGUAAUAAUUAGUUAUGUAAUUACACAGUAUUUCUUUUUUUUAUGAAUUGGGGAAUGUGCUCCUGACUCAUAAGGUUAGGAGAGACAAAACGGCUUUUGUCCUAUUUCCUUUUCUAUUGAUUGCCAUGGACUUUGGUCUCAUGCAUGCAACGUCAAAUGUUGAAUGACUCAUCCUACCGUUGUUCAUUAGUCUUUAUAACACUGCAAUAUCCUACUAGAUUAUGAAACACAAAAGGGUUUCUGUAGUACAAUGGCGAUGGUAGUCUCAUUCUCCUUCAAAGCCUAGGUUUGUGAAAACCCCUAUAUCAAAAAAAGAUGAUGGUCUGAGUAUAGUAUAUAUAUGAAUAUACAUUGAGUAUGUAUAUGAAUGUGGAGUAUAGCUUACCUAAGACAUUACCAAAGCACAAUAUUAAAGGUACUUUGAUAAUUAAAAAAGCCUCACACAUCUUCCGUUUCAUUGAACUUAUUAAAUUAGAUUUAUUACAAUUCUUAAUAAGAUUGACAGAAUAGGCCAUAACCUUAGUUUUGAGGUGAUGUGGUUGCAUGAGGCAAUGAUAAAAUAAACUGUUACUGCUGAUCUAUAGCAGGGACACAGAACCUUCUCUACAAUCACUAUGCAUCAACGAACCAAUAAGCAAUUAAGAAGACAUGACAAGAAAUUAAUCAGUUCUUCCUGUGCAGAACCUUGUCAUAUUCUCACUUUCCCAAUGUCUGUGAAUCGUUGUUCGUUUGUAGGCUACUGCAGUGCUUUUGCAGUACAAAGCUUUUAGUAGUUGUGAGGAAAGUGCACUCUCGGGGGGACUCAAGCCCUGGUUUAUUGUCCCUGAUAUCUCGGGAAGGACGUGACAAAGUGACAAUGGUGCAACUUGCACCAUAAAACAUUCAAGUACACAACCUUGAGUUUCAGGAAAAAAAUGCAUAAUACGAUUAACGUCAACCAAGAAUUAUGUUGCAUUUAAUUUGAUGACAGAU